CAAACCUAACAAAUCGAAGUUCACUUUACUUUCCAAAACACUUGCCAUUUGCUAAGAAAUAUCUGGCAGAAAGUAUUUAUAUCUCAUCAUCAAUUCCUACUACUCUUACCAUUUCAUCCAAACUGAUUUUCCUUCAUCCGUUGAUCUGCACACUGUGAAUAAUUAUGGACAAUUCAAAUGAAUAUUUGUUAAACUUUAAAGGAUUUAAUUUUAACAAAAAAUUGGUGAACACUGAGGAGUUAGAAAAGAUGGAAGAUAUUGAAAUUCGCGAUGAUGAUGUCUUCCUCAUCACCUAUCCAAAAUCUGGGACCAUCUGGGUUCGGUAUAUCCUUUUCUUGAUUUAUUUUGAGGGUGAACGGAACAGCAAUGGAAAUCUCCAAACAUUUGAUACAAUACCUUUCUUGGAGUACAAUAUUAUGGAUCAAGACUAUGUCAAAAUGCCAUCACCUCGCAUCUUUACUUCCCACCUUCCAUAUUACUUAGUACCAAAAGGUCUCAAGAGCAAAAAGGCUAAAAUUCUUUAUAUUUACAGAAAUCCCAAAGAUGUUUUGAUUUCAUAUUUCUAUUUUUCAAAUUGGUUGUUAACCAUGGAAUCUACAGACAUCAUAGAACAUUUUCUGGAAAAAUUUCUAGAUGGUAAAGUUGCAGGAAGCUGUUGGUUUGAUCACAUUAGAGGCUGGUAUGAACACAGACAUGACUUCAGUAUAAUGUUUCUGAGUUAUGAAGACAUGAAGAAGGAUCUCAGAGGCUCAGUGCUUAAAAUCUGCAGUUUUCUGGAGAAAGAACUGAGUGAAGAAGACGUGAAUGCUAUUGUGAGACAAGCUACAUUUCAGAAUAUGAAAUCUAACCCACGAGAAAAUUAUGAUCAGUCUAUAAAUACUAAAAUUGGGACCAAACACAAUGAGGGCUCCUUCCUGCGCAAAGGAGGCACAAUAUCGCAUGGGAGAGAAUCAAUCUUUGGCACUAUUAAUGUUACUCUGCUAGACUUAUAGACAGGAGGAGCCUAGCAUAACUCCCCUGAGAAGCUUCUCCAGCUGCUGAUGGAAACAGAUGCAGAGACACAUCAACAUUAGACAGAGCUUGAGGAGUCUAUGGCAGAGCUGGGAGGAUACUCUGAGGGAGCCUGAGGGGUCAAGACCUCCACAAGACCUUCAGAGUCAACUAUCUUGGACUCAAGGGGAUUCACAGAGACUGAAUUACCAACCAAAGAGAAUGCAAGGACUGGUCCUAGGCCCCCUGUAUAUAUGUAGCAGAUGUGUAGUUUGACUUCACGUGGGUACCCCAACAACUAGAGUAUGGCCCUUUCUGACUGUUAUGACUGCCUUUGGAUCCCAUUUACAUAAUCAGGCUGCCUCAUCUGACUUCAGUGGGAAAGGAUAUGCCUAGUCCUGCAGUGACUUAAUGUGCCAGGGUGGCUUGGUACCAAUGGGAGACCUGCUCGUUCUCUGAGGAGGAGGGGAGUGGAGAAUGGAUUGGAGGGGCCUGUGAGGAGGGAACAUGGAAGAGAGUAGAGAAGGCUUCGAAUCAGGGUGUAAAGUGAAUAAAUAAAUAAGUGGAAGAAAAAAGAAA